CUGCAAUAUAUUUCAGGUUUGUCCGGGUCCCUUACCCUUUUUUUCUUUAGCUCUACCAACUUGCUCCGAGGGUCGCUUGUGCUCAUAUAACCCCAUUUUUGCCUAUAUAAACCCCAACCAUCCACUCACAUAUUCUCCAGCAUUUUCAGCUCUAACCUUCCACACAGUCGUCUUCAUCCUAGUCCUUCGGGUGUCAGUCACCUUCAUACUCAGAGUUUUCCGAGCUCUUUGCAUGUACUCGAACCAACUCGGUAGUCCCCACAACCCCCACAGAGGCUCCAAGCACUCCUGCGCAGGCUUUCUAGCUGCUCAUUGAACUCGUCUUCAUCAUCUUUUGGUCAAAUUUUACUCGUAUAUACUUACCGCAAUGUCUCCUCAACCUCCCGCCACAAACUCUUCGGGUUACAACACCCCCGACUCUGAAUUGGAGUCAAUCGUUCCAGUUCAUCCGACCGCCGUUCGUCGUCCCAACUACAUCACCGUCCAGUCCGAAAAUACCGUCUACACCGACGAUCAUAUCACCGCCAAGUACCUCAACCGUGGUGCUGAUGUCGUGGUCUCAGAUGGCCAGUUCACUAUUUUGCCUACUGUCAAGCCUUAUGAGUUCCAAACAACCCGCAAGGUUGGCAAGACUGGACUUAUGAUGAUUGGUUUAGGUGGCAACAAUGGUUCCACUCUCUGCGCGACUAUCAUCGCAAACAGGCACCAGAUGUCCUGGCACACCAAGGAGGGAGUUCAGCAGCCCAACUACAUUGGCUCUGUCCUCCGUGCGUCCACUGUUCGCAUUGGCACUGAGCCGGGCACCGGUAAGGAAGUCCACGUCCCCAUCUCUGACGUGCUUCCCAUGGUACACCCCAAUGACCUUGUUCUUGGUGGCUGGGACAUUUCCAGUCUGCCUAUGGACAAGGCGAUGGAACGUGCCAAGGUGCUCGACUACGAUCUUCAGCGCCAGGUCAAGCCGCAUAUGGCCCUACUUGGUCGUCCUCUUCCUUCCAUCUACUAUCCCGAUUUCAUUGCUGCCAACCAGGAAGCGCGUGCGGACAAUAUCGUCCCUGGCACCGACAAGCAGGCUCAUCUCGAACACAUUCGGGCUGACAUUCGCCGUUUUAAGGCCGAGAACCAGCUUGAUCGAGUCGUUGUAUUCUGGACUGCGAACACGGAACGCUACAGUGACAUCAUCCCUGGUGUUAACGACACGCCUGACAAUGUCCUUGCUGCGAUCAAGAACUCGCACUCGGAGGUGUCUCCCUCGACUCUCUUCGCUGUUGCUGCCAUUCUCGAGGGCGAGCCAUUCGUUAACGGUGCUCCUCAGAACACGUUCGUGCCGGGUGUCAUUGCCUUGGCUGAGCGUGAGAAGUCUUUCAUUGGUGGUGACGACCUGAAGUCUGGUCAGACGAAGCUGAAAUCCGUGCUUGCCGAGUUCCUCGUGAACGCCGGUAUCAAACCGCUCUCUAUCGCGUCGUACAACCAUCUUGGCAACAAUGAUGGACACAACUUGAGCGCGGAACCCCAGUUCAAGAGCAAGGAAAUCAGCAAGAGCAGCGUUGUGGACGAUAUGGUGGAUGCCAACCGCUUGCUCUACAAGCCUCCUGUUCCUGGAGCAAAGGGCAAAGCGGCCAAAGGCGAGCACCCUGAUCACAUUGUUGUGAUCAAGUACGUGCCUGCUGUCGGCGACUCGAAGAGGGCAAUUGAUGAAUACUACUCUGAGAUCUUCUGUGGCGGGAGACAAACCAUCAACAUCUUCAACGAGUGCGAGGACUCUUUGCUUGCGACCCCGUUGAUUCUUGACUUGACCAUCCUUACUGAGCUGCUUACUCGAGUCAAGUACCGCGGGGAGGGCCAGACUGAUUUUGCGCCCCUCCACGCUGUCUUGUCGCUCCUUUCAUACAUGUGCAAGGCGCCUCUCGUCAAACCUGGUACCGAUGUCGUCAACAGCCUCGGCAGGCAGCGUAACGCGCUUGAGAGCUUCCUGAAAGCCUGUAUUGGUCUCGAAGGCAACAGCGACCUUCUCUUGGAGACUCGUAUCUGGUAAAUGCCGACCGAUUUUUCUUUGCUAUCAUUGAGCAGUACGCCUGGUUUCAACAACCGAGACAUGAAUUUGAUCUAUAAAGGUCUUCAACUGACCUCUUACCUUUUGGAUACUAGUACUUUUUCACGAGCGGUGUAGAAUCUGUAGAUACUCCAUACCGUUGCGAUCCAUAUAUGAUCUUUGCAUUUUAUUUGCCGAUGUGGGACUCGUGACGUGGAUGAGUGGUAUUGUGUGAAUACAAGGUUACCAGCGACUUGUGAUUGGAGCCUUCGGACACGUGAACUCGUUAAGCGCUGAACUUCGUGAUCACAACA